UUCCAUGACCGGAAAGCAAGAAAACAAAGAAAAAUUUUCAAUUUGCAUUGCAAAGAUUUCAUAUUGAUAACGUCCUGUAAAUUAUUUGAUAUCUCAUCCUAUAAAUACUUGCUCAAAUUAGAAUAAUGUUGUACACACAAGUGGAACUGUAAUCGUAAGUAAUAUGACCGGUUCCUCAGCGUUUAUGGCCAUUGGCCAAUUUUUUUUCUGCCAAAUCCUUUUUUUCUCUUUUCAUGCGAAUAAGCCAUUUGUUUAUGGUGCUACUCUGAUGGAGACAACCAAGUCACAUGCCCCUCCAUCCACCUGCUCAGGUCCUGAACGUGGUUUGCGGAUAGCCCAUCAAUAUGGACCCUGCUCACCAUUUAGCCAAACGAAAUCAUCCCCUACUUCCAGCCAGAUGCUUCUCCAAGACGAACUCAGGGUUCAGGGUUUCCGUUCCACUAUGUACGAUAGGCGUACAAGUGUUGGGAGAAGAGCGAGACAACACUUUUGGGGCCACUCCGUAGGUGCUGGCAAUUAUAUUGUCACAGUUGGUUUUGGCACGCCUACAAAAAAUUUUAAUUUGAUUUUAGACACGGGCAGUUACAUAACGUGGGUGAAAAACUCGCUGUAUGAUCCUUCUGCUUCCUCAACUUCCUUGAAUGCCCCGUGUUGGCCAUCGUGUCAUUAUAACCAGUCAUACGUUGACGAAUCCUUCUCCUUUGGACUUUUUGUGGUUGAUAAGAUUAUCAUACAGCCCUCUGAUGUGAUUCCUAACUUUGUUUUUCUUCGUGCCAGUAAAGAUAGUGAGGGCUUUGGUGAAGCAGCUGGAAUACUAGGCUUAGGACAGGGCAGCAACAGCAUCGAUGACCGAUAUGGUAAUUAUUCUCUUAUAUCCCAAACUGCAACUACUUUUGAGAAGGUUUUUUGUCAUUGUCUUCCCACGAAAGAAAACUCAACAGGAUAUCUGUAUUUUGGUAAGGAAGCUCUUGAAAAGUGCCAGAAUUCUGGUAGUUACACACCGCUUCUAAGUAACCCAAGUGACCCGAGCCCUUAUUAUGUAAAUCUUAUUGGCAUAACAAUAGGCCAAAAAAGAUUGAAAAUUUCUUCUGCUGUAUCAUCAACAUCAUCAUCAUCAUCUCCAAGCACCAUAAUAGAUACAGGAACUGUCAUUACUCGUCUACCUCGUUCAGUCUAUUCAGCGCUGCGCUCGGAAUUCGAAAAAUGGAUGUCGGAUUACCCUCGUGCUCGUCGUGAUAAAAUACUGGAUACGUGCUAUGACCUGCGGCAUUACGAUAAUGUCGCAAUGCCGAACAUGGUGCUACAUUUUGAAAAUUUAGAUGUAAAUUUGGACCAAACAGCAGUUACUUGGAAAGGAAAAGACAGGUCUCAAGUUUGCUUGGCGUUCGCUGGAAACCGUAAUGAGAAUGACCUCACAAUCAUCGGUAAUCAUCAACAGCAGAAGCUGAACAUAUUCUACAACGUCCAAGAUCGGAGGAUAAAAAUUGGGCCUGGUAAUUGCUAAUGAUACUCAACAUUUCAUACAGGAAUCUGAGCUUAUGAGAUGACAAUAGGAGCCAACUGCGUGCUCCUUCAUUUCUUUUGAUGUUGUUGUGUUUGGUAAAUGUAUAAAUGUAGUUCUAUCAUGUCAUGUACUUUUAAUGCCACUUAGGAUGCAAUUGCUUAGUUGGAAUCAAUCUUUAUAAAUCUUGAAUCAAUAAGAUUUCAAUCUUUGUCCUUUUAAUAAAUCUUGAAUCAAAAAAAAUUUCAUAGUCUAGGAGACGUGCUCUUUGUUGAGUCAAUCUUUGGCUUUUUUUUUGGAGCCAGAAUAAGUCUAUAGCAUUUACACUAGAAACUAUCUUUUACUCUGAAUCACUCUAACCCGGGCAACAAAAGUGGAAAAAAAGUUGACUUUUACGCAGCAUGAACUGGUAUUAUGAAUAUAUGAAUAUGAUUAAGAAUUAUGAACUCUAAAUGUACUCCAUGACCAACAAGAAGAUUGCUAGGAGAUGGCCGCUUGAGCUGGAGGAUGAUGGCAAGCAAUAAGAGAAAAAAUUGUUGUAUUUCCUGGCAGUUUGUGAAGGCAAAGAUCAUUUAUCUAGGCCAAGU